AUGGCCAACAGAAUGAAUGCCCUCCAAAUCACCUCCACAAGCUCCACCCCCACACUAUCAUUGAGCACUCUACCAAUCCCAACCCUCAAACCAGGCCAUGCACUAGUCAAAAUCCACUACGCCUGCAUCCAUCCAUCGGACCGACUCAAUGCACAAGGCCUCUUCCCCUCCACCACGCUCCCACGCGUACCAGGGCGAGACUUCUCAGGCGUAGUAGUCGACACAGCCGACGAGACAAGCUCAUCAAAAGCCUGGAUUGGCAAAGAAGUUUACGGGACCAGUGGAUCAACUCUGGGCUUCACUGUUGACGGAGUCCACGCGGAGUACUGCCUGAUACCGCUAGAGGCGCUGGUUGAAAAACCAACCUCACUAUCACUUCUGCAAGCCGCGACUGUCGGUGUUCCGUUCACGACGGCAUUGGUCUGUCUACAGAAGGCACAGGUCACUAAUGAUGAUGUCGUUCUCGUCAUUGGUGCGACGGGGGCUGUUGGCUCUGCUGCUGUGCAGAUUGCGAAAGCUAUGGGCUGUAAGCGGGUGCUGAGUGCUGCGCGGCGGGUGGAGGCGAAGCCGGAUGUGAUUUUGGCUGGGGAGAAGGCGGCUGAAGAUCUUGCAUUGAAAGUUGCUGAGUUGACUGGGGGGAGAGGUGUGGAUGUCGUCAUUGAUACUGUUGGUAAUGUUGCUUUGAUGGGUGCGGCGAUUGAGCAGUUGGCUCGAAGGGGUCGCUAUGCGUGGAUUGCUGCGCCAAGAGGGGAUGUCAGCAAGAUGUUGUCUUUUGAUAUCUUCCAGGCUUAUCGGAGAGAAUUGAUGCUAGUUGGGUGCAAUUCUGUCAGCUUGUCUAUUGAGGGUGCGGCCGGGCUUCUGAGAAACCUCGGUGAGUGGAUUGAACAGGGUUUACUUGGUGCGCAAGAUGAGGGAGGGUUUAAGAGGGUAAGAUUGGAGGAUAGUAUUGAAGAUGGCUACAGGAAGGCUGGGGAGAAGGUGGUCAUUGAAAUGGCACGAGUGUGA